AUGGCUCAUAAACCGGAUGACGAAUACGAUUACUUAUUCAAGGUCGUCCUAAUAGGAGAUUCUGGAGUGGGGAAGUCUAAUCUGCUCUCUAGGUUUACCCGCAACGAGUUUUGCUUGGAGUCGAAAUCGACUAUUGGAGUUGAGUUCGCAACACGAAGCAUUCAGGUUGAUGGGAAGACAAUCAAGGCGCAGAUCUGGGAUACGGCAGGUCAAGAAAGAUAUCGCGCAAUCACAAGCGCUUAUUACAGAGGAGCUGUGGGUUGCCUGCUUGUCUAUGACAUUACUAAACCUGUGACGUACGAGAACGUUGAAAGGUGGCUGAAGGAAUUACGAGACCAUGCAGACGCAAACAUUGUGAUUACCCUUGUUGGCAACAAGUCUGACCUGAGGCAUCUCAGAGCGGUUGCUACAGAAGACGCGCAGUCUUUUGCAGAGAAAGAAGGCCUUUCUUUUAUUGAGACAUCUGCAUUGGAGUCAACGAAUGUGGAAAACGCAUUUCAUAAAAUAUUGACUGAAAUUUACCGCAUUGUGAGCAAGAAGGCCCUCGGCCAAGAAGACUCUGGCCCUGCUGGGCCCGGAGAGGGCACAACUAUCAUGGUUGGGGAUGGGAAUGCAGCCAAGUCAGGGUGCUGUGGAUAA